AUGUCAAAGACAUUCGCCUUCUUCGGAGCAACAGGUGGUUGCACCAACGCCUGUCUCGCCUACACCCUUCUAAACGGCUACAACGUUAUCGCCCUAGCCCGAACUCCAAGCAAACUAACAACGCAACUCCUCGAACAACCGGGCCUAACAACCUCAACACUGGAUAAACACCUCCGCAUAAUCCAAGGCGACGCCACCGAUAUCGAAGCCGUGAUUCAAACACUUAUCGUGGGAGAAAACGAAAACAAGCCACCAACUCUCGUAUCUAGCAUCAUUUCCGGAAUCGGAGGCACAGGAAUAAUAACCUAUACCAAGCCAUCACCAUGCGAGAAAAUGAAGAUGCGAAUUCCCACAAUGCCUCAUAUCGAACUUGCGAAUCCACAUAUUACUGAGGAAUUUGCCCAAACCCUCGUUGGCGCUUUACGACGCAUCGCAGAUGAGCGAUUUGUGAAUUUUGAUGCAUAUGCGACCGUUGCACCAAGGGUUACUGUGAUAUCCAGUACGGGUAUCAAGAAAGAGUUGAAUGAUGUGCCGUUUUGGUUUAAGAAGAUGUAUGAUACGCUCUUACCGAUUCCUCAUGAGGAUAAGUUGAAGAUGGAGGAGGUUUUUGAGGCGGAGAAGUCGAAGGAGCAGAGUUUACUUGUUGGGGGAUUGAUUCUUGUUCGUCCCAGUUUCUUAUCUGGUGAUCACCUUAUCCCUGCUCCUGGGAAGGAGGAUCCGUAUAGGAAGUUGAGGGUUGGGAAUGAGAAGAAGCCUGCGGUUGGGUAUACGGUUCAUCGCACUUCUAUUGGGAGGUGGAUUUAUGAGGAGGUUGUGAAGAAUGGUGGGGAUUUGUGGGUUGGGGAGGGGGCUAUUCUUACCGAAUAG